AGCUGUGAAUCAGAAUGAUCUCGUGAUGAGCCCAUCCUUUACAUUUCAAUAUUGUGUACAUUACAAUACGAAGAAAGGCAAAAUUGAAGAAAUAUUUCAAUAAAAAACUGUGACUCUACGUUGUGGAACGAAAUAAUAAGUUUGGGAAUGAAGAAAUAAUCGUUUUGGUCAUAUUUGCUGUAUCCAGUUACAAGUGCGGAAGUGAAUCAGAAUGAUCUCGUGAUGAGCCCAUCCCUUGCAUUUCAAUGAUGUGUACAUUAUAACACGAAGAAAGGCAAAAUUGGAGAAAUAUUUCAAUAUAAAACUGUGACUCUACGUUGUGGAACGAAAUAAUAAUUGUGGAAAUGAAGAAAUAGUCGCUUUGAUCAUAUUUGCUGUAUCCAGUUACAAGGAAGUGAAUCAGAAGGAUGUCGUGAAGAGCCCAUCCCUUACAUUUGAAUACAACACGUCUACACUAAAAUACAAUGAAAGACAAAAACGAAGAAAUAUUUCAUUAUAAAACUGUGAAUUUACGUUGUGGAACGAAGGAAUGAGUUUUGAAAAGUAGAAAUAGUCGUUUUGGGUUAUAUUUGUUUGAAGUUCAAAUAAAGGUUUCACGAUUAAAACCAAAGAUUCGAUUUCCAUUAAAACUUGAAAAAUGGCUUCACCACCUAAAAAACUGAAGUUUGAGGCAAACGGAUCUCGUUUAAGUAAACUUUUGAUAAAUAUAGGAACACAAGCCUUGAAAGAAAAAUUCCAAACUUUGUUAAACCCUUUAAAUUUGGCAGCAAAAUUCAAUGAUCCUUCUACAAAGAGUAAGUUGACAUCACUAAAAUUCAAAGUCAUCAGCAAAAAGCAAUGGAACCUUCUUUAUCCAUCAACUGGUUCACCUGACAUUAAAAACUUUGAUAUUUCAUUAUUGACUGUCUUAUUGCGUAACAUAUGUGGUCUAUCAGCGCCACAUGGUGGAUGGAAUAAUCCUUCUUCUUCAGAUACUUCAAUCUCAGCAAAUAUUGCAAGAAUAAAGUUUUAUCGAAACGAAGUGUACGGUCACAUAACUAAAACUAGUGUAGAUGAAAGUGAGUUUGAGCGCUUGUGGGAUGAAAUCUCAAAAGCCUUGGUUGGUCUGGGUAUUCAACAAACUGAAAUAGAUGAAUUAAAGAAAGCUCCACUCAGUCCUGAUGAAGUAAAAUAUAUUGAAAUAUUGAAAAAUUCGUGUAAUGAAGAAGAUGUGAAAGAAUUGAGAAAAGAUCUUGCUGAAAACAAAAAAAAUGUUAAUGAAAUGAAAAAUGACAUGGAGAAAAUUAAAGAAAGCAUGCCAACAAAAGCUGAUGUUGCAGAAAUAAAACAAGAGGUAACAACCAAAUUCAAUUUAAUAGAAGCAAGAGAAAUGUUACUGGGAAAAACAUGUUCGAAUCUUUCGAAGUUUAAUUUCAAAGGUCUUAUAAAAGAGCUUAACACAAAAUACCUUAAAGGCACUAGACAAUGGUUGUUUGAAAAACUCGACACUUGGUUUAACGAUACAAGUGAAGAUGCUUCUAAUGUCAUGAUUUUGAUUGCCGGUCCUGGCGUUGGUAAAAGUGUCUUUGCUGCUGAGGUUUGUCGACGAUAUUCUGAAAAGAAGAAACUUGCUGCUUCUCAUUUCUGCAGAUAUAAUCGAUCAGAUGAGAGGAAUCCUCGAAUAUUGAUAGAAUCAUUGGCCUGUAGCAUGUGUGAUACAAUAUUAGAUUUUAAAUGUAAACUGAAUGAAGAAUUACAGAGAAAACAUUCCUACGAAUCAGUCACCGAUGCAUUCCGUGUUUUAUUAAAUAAUCCAUUGCAUUCAUUGGAAGAUCAUGAACCAAUGCUUUUGGUUAUUGAUGCCUUAGAUGAAAGCCAAGUUGAUGGCAAAAGUGAAUUGUUGGAAUUGAUUGCAGAAGAGUUUGACCGACUGCCUAAAUGGAUUAAAAUCUUCAUCACCAGUCGUCCAGAACUUCCUGUUCAAAAGGAGUUGAAAGACAUGAAUCCUGUGGAAAUUACAACUCAUGCUCGUGAUGAAAACAACGAAGAAGACCUGCGCAAGUAUUUGAGACAUCAGUUGAAGAGUAAUUUCUCCAUUGCUGACAGGUGGCACAAAGACAGUGAUGACAGUAAUGUCUCAUUUGACAUUGAUGACGAUGAUCGUGAUGAAAACAAGGAAGAAGACCAGCGCAAGUAUUUGAGACAUCAGUUGAAUAGUAAUUACUUCAUUGCUGACAGGUGGCAAAAAGACAGUGAUGACAGUGAUGUCUCAUUUGACAUGGAUGUCAGUGAUGUCUCAUUUGACAUGGAUGACAGUGAUCACUCAUUUGGCAUUGAUGACGAUGAUCGUGAUGAAAACAACGAAGAAUUCCCUCGCAAGUUUUUGAGACAUCUGUUGAAUGUUCGGGUGCAAGGAUAUCCCUACGCUCUUCAGUCAUUAGUUGAAAAAUGCGAGGGCUCAUUUCUGUACGCUUACCACGCACAACUGAGUUAAAAAAAAGAAGAAAUUGAGUUAACUGUCGAGAAUAUUGAACAAUUGGUUCCUACUGGAUUGAGUAAAUUUUACACAGAACAAUU